AUUUUACAUAUAUGUAUAUAUAUCUGUGUGUGUGUGGGAAUGAGCAAUUAGCUUUAAAUUAAUUUUUAUUUUUGUUAAAUUUCGCUAUGGGAAUGAGCAAAAGGAUCAAAAUCAGCCCAUUCCCGCGGUGCCUUGCAGGCAUGUCGUGCGUGUACGCGCCGCCGGAGGGCCAGCGCCGGCGCCCGCACCGCGGCAUCAGGGUGGUCCGAUCCGACGGCGCCGUGAAGAUUUACGACCGUCCGAUCAAAGCGUCGGAGCUGAUGGAGGGAUUCCCUAAGCACAUGGCGUGCCGCUCCGACAGCUUCUACAUCGGCCGGAAAACCGCCCCCCUCGCCGCCGACGACCCCCUCCUCCCCGGCCACACCUACUUCCUCCUUCCGGCGACCUUCUUCCAGUCCGCUGUCUCCUUCUCCUCCUUCCUCCGGUGCCGAUCCUCGGCGGCGGCGGCGGCGCGGUCGCCGGCGUUCGAGGUGGAGAAAACGCCGUCGGGGAGCCUCCGGAUAAAGGUCACCGAAGAGAUGAUUUUCCGGCUGCAGGAGGAGGAGGAAAUGGAGGCGGCGGCGGCGGCGAAGGUCGUCAGGAUUUGCACGACGGCGCAGCUGCGCAAGGACUAUGAGCUGCUGGUGGCGCGGCGGUUCCAUUGGAAGCCGAAGCUCGACACCAUUGCAGAGAAGAAAAGUCGUCAGAAGAAGAAGACGAAGAAGAAGAUAAGUAAGAAGAACAAAUCUGAAACACAAUAAUUAUAUUAUUAUUAUUAUUAUUAUUUCGAAAUUCUGUAGUUUUGAUUUUUGAGAUAAAAUUGUUUAUGUGAAAAAAUGCAGAAAUCAUAAAAAUUUGAAGCGUCCUUUAGAU